AUGACCCUCGAUUUCAAUGCCGCCGGGGGGGAUGCCUUGUUGGACUUGACCACAUUCGACCAGCGGGAGCGUUAUCCGUACACCACUACAGCACCCAGCACCAAUCCCGCUCUCUCCGCUACAGCAAUGGCUCCUACUCGUCCCUCGGGUGCCUGGUCGAUACCUCUUGAUAUGGCCGCUCCCCAGAACGCGAACUCGAGUAAUGUGCACUCGCCUGUCGAGUCUCCAAUUCAGUCGCAAUCGCCUGCGCAGCAGAGCGCGAGUCCGUUACAGCACUCGCCUUACCAGAGCGCUCCUCCUCAGACUCAUUCUCCCCCGCUUUUGACCGACUGGACGUUGCUUCAGCACCAGCAGCAGCACCCGCCCAUCCAGGAUAUGGGCCAUUAUAUGCAGGACAGCCAGACUUUGAUACCGUAUCCUUUCGCCGCAAAUUACCAGACCAACACCAUCGGUUAUCUGCCUUCGCCUGCGCAGGCCACGCUUGAAUCCGCAAUUCCUAUGGAACAGCAGGGCUUUAGCAACGUUUCGCCUAUCGAGGACCCUCGGAAUAUGCCGCAGUGGGAUGGCAUGGGAAUGGGGAAUUGGCAGGAUUUCGGGGCUACUAUACAGUUCCCGUCCGACGGGUUGCCGCGAUUCGGAAGCCUAGGAAGCCAGUCUCCGACCGGGACUUAUUUGGAGGUGUUAUCCCUACCGGGAUCUAGCGAAAACGGCUGGACCCAGGUCGAGAUGUACCAGAAUUACGAUUCGUAUCAGCAGGCGCAGGCCCAGAACACGGCCAUUUUCAAUCCCGGCCAGACUUUGCAUUUGAGAACGAACUCGGAUGCGGCUCAUUCGGAUGGAAGCGGACAGCGCACUGACUUCAGCAGCAGUAGUUUCGAGGAUAUUUCGUUUACUUAUUCUCCGUUUUCUCCGGAGUCCGACACAUACUCAGAUCCGUCCAGCCAUCGAAAUUGCUUCCACGGUGAGAGUCAUCAUUCUCGCGAAAUUAUCAGCCCUGCUGCCGCCGUCGAGCCGGUGCCUAUUAAAUCAUCAACCUCGAGCCGCCCUAGCCCUGCAAGCGGAUCAGGUGUCGCAUCGCCGCCUCAUAAUAAUCCUCGUAGAAACUCGGGCCCCAAGAGCAAGGGCGCCGUUACGAAGUCUACCUCUAAGUCGGUCGUAAGGAGGACUUCUAAUGGGAAGAAAGACGGCACAGUGGAGAAGAAGGUGGGACGCCGGAAAGGUCCGCUUCUUCCUGAGCAGCGGAAGCAAGCUAGCGAGAUCAGAAAGCUCCGAGCCUGUCUUCGAUGCAAGUUCCUCAAGAAGACUUGCGACAAGGGUGAACCUUGUGGCGGUUGUCAGCCGUCACAUGCUAGACUUUGGCAAGUUCCUUGCACUCGAAUUGAUAUCAAAGAUAUUGGCUACUUCAUGAAGGACUGGAAGGCCGAUUACGAACGACACCUAAGCCGUGGUGUUUCCGUCUACAACGUGAAAGGCUUUGCACAGAAGGAGAGCCUAAUGUGGAUUACCCACGGCUACGGUUUCUGCCUCCCCGUUAUGGUUCGCGAAGUUUUCGUCGCAGAUGACAGCUGUUUCCAGGUUGACUGGGUUGAGUCUUACCAAAUUGACCAGGAACCAAUUGAGUUUGAACUCAAGACUGAGAGGCUUGAUGUUGGAAAUGGUGGUAUUCGCCAGGAAGCGCUGGCCGAGUACCUAGACAAGCACAUCGAGAAUGGCUUUGAGAACUUUAUUGACGAUCACUUUGAAGGCACUCCUUUCAUUACGGAAAUUUUCAAGACUGCCUAUCGUUUCUACACCAAGGAGAAGCUGCCAGUUUUACGCAAGGCUUUAAAAUUAGUGUUGGCCUACAACCUUACCCAGCAUAUCACGCUAGUCGAGCAGCAAGGCUCAGAGCAAACCCUAGAAGGCCAGAUCGAUGACGAAGACUCCAAGUACUUCGGGAAAUAUGUGGCACCCGUCAUGAUUAACUUCCAAAUCAAGUGUGCCAUGGCGGAUAUGUGGCGUGAGCUGCAGAAGGAUAUCCUAGAGGAACUUUCUGCGUUGUACUCUAGCGUGUACAGCGGUGACCGCUUGAAGAACUGGCCCACUAUCUUCAUGCUUGCUUCUAUACUCCUGGCUGUCUGGGAAGAGAUGCAAUUUGACUGCCAUUACCGUGUACCCGACCCAGUGGCGGUUGAAAAAUUCUGCAAUGACAUGGAGAGCACACCAGUUGGUGUCAUCACUGGUCUAUUCCACGCCAUCUCCCAAAAGCUUCCAGCUCUGAUUGACUGGGAUACCGAGCGUCACGGCCAUCUGCUCAACAACAAUGUUGCUGUAUGCGAAGCUAUGACCGAAGUGCGGCAGCACGUCCUGAAGCAUGAGGCAUACCUUAGGACCAGACACACAUCGAAGUUUGACCGAUACGACUUUGAUUCGUUGUCGAACAAAUUCUUAUCUAAGCUGGUCAUCAAGGCUAACUGA